CCCUUCCUCUCUCCUUGACCUAUCUCAUGCUCCGACCUACCAAAGCUCCAAUCCGACCCAAUGCGGCUAUAAAAAAAUAUCUCCCAGUCCACCACCGCCAUGCCGUAGCUUAGGGUCACCGCCGACGCCCCACAACCCCAGCCCCUCCGCUGCCCACCUCCCCGCCUCUCGCGCGCGCCCCGGUCCCCCGUGAUGUCCCGGUGGGCGCCGGAGAUCAAGGUCUAUAGCCGCAGGCACCCCAGCAAAAACCCUAAACCCCCUCCAGACCCUAGCCCCAAUCCUAAUCCCCCUCCAGACCCUAGCCCAAAUCCUAAUUCGAAUCCCCUUGCGGAAACCCUAGCUUCGAUUCGCCGGUCGAUUCGUCGCUCGGAGCCUGAGGGUGCUGCGCCGCGGCCCGAUCCGGCCGCACCGACUCCCCCCUCUCCUCCUCCUCCCGCAUCGGCGCCGGAUGGGGACCCGACUGCCGCCGCCUCCAACGAUUUCCCCUCCCGGGAUGGGGGCGCCGUCCCCAACGGCCACGCGGACAUCCAGGCGGCCGCUGAGGAGAAGGCCUGGAAGCGCAGGGAGCGGAGCGACCUGCGUCGGCAGCUCGCGUCGGAGCUCGACCAGGUACGCGUGCUCUCCAAGCGGCUGAAGGCAGCUGGUGAGGCCUUGGCAGUUGAGGCGGCCUCGACUCCCCUGCCUUUGGCUGUGGUGCGGCCGCCGCCUCUGCUUUCUUCUGGGUAUGCACACCCACAGUUCUCAGGUACCGAUGCUCUGACACCAAUACCGGCCCAGGCCACUUCUGCGGUUCCUCCUGUCCGCUCGUUCCUGCCUCGCCGCCCGCUAAUUGUACCAGAAGUUCACAUGGAAUCCUUUGAGAAGGAGAAGCGGACACCAAAGGCGAACCAGCUAUACCAAAAUUCAGAAUUUUUGCUUGCCAAGGAUAGGAUACCCGCAUCAGAUUCACAUGGUCGGAAGAAAACCAAGCACCACAAGAAGAAACACCGUUCCUCGGCGGACGCCGGUUACAACUCUGAACAGCGACUGUACUCGCAUGCAUUUAAGAAGUCCUCGUCACUGCUGUCCCGACUAAUGAAGCACAAAUUUGGUUGGGUGUUUAAUAAGCCUGUGGAUCCUGUUGCACUUGGUUUGCAUGACUAUUUUGCCAUCAUUAAGCACCCAAUGGAUCUUGGCACUAUAAAAGCGCAACUUACCCGUGGGCAGUACAGGAAUCCAAAGGAGUUUGCUGAUGAUGUACGGCUAACGUUCCACAAUGCCAUGACGUAUAAUCCCAAGGGUCAGGACGUGCAUUUCAUGGCUGAGCAGUUGUUAGGAAUCUUUGAGGCUCAGUGGCCUGAGAUUCAGGCUGAAGUUGAGUACCUUGCUUCGUGUCCACCGCUGCCGAAGAAAUUCCCACCUCCCCCGAUUGACUUGCGCUUGCUUGAGAGGUCGGAUUCCCUAAAGCACCAUAUGGCACUGGAUUCCAAGUCAAGGCCGUUAAGUCAUACUCCAACUUAUAGUGUACGGACUCCAUCGUUGAAGAAGCCAAAGGCAAAGGAUCUGGAUAAGAGAGAUAUGACAAUAGAUGAGAAGCGUAAACUUAGCAAUAACCUUCAGAACCUGCCUCCAGAAAAGCUUGACAUUGUUGUUCAGAUCAUUAAGAACAAGAAUCUUUCAGUUAGGCAGCAUGAUGAUGAGAUUGAGGUCGAAAUUGAUAGCAUGGAUGCAGAGACGCUUUGGGAACUCGAUAGAUUUGUGGCUAACUUCAAGAAGAACCUGAGCAAGCAAAAGAGGAAGGCUGAGCGUGCGAUGCUUGCAAGGCAAGAUGCAGAGUUGCGUGCGCUACAUGCUGCACAACAUCAACAAACAAGUCAACAACCACCUAAUAUUGGCGAAAAAUCCCCAAAGCUAAGCAAGACAGAUUUGAUGGCGAGUGAGCAAUUAGCAACUUCUGUGCCAGACCAAAAUAAUAAUAAUGGACCAAAUGCCAGUAGAUCCAGCAGCUCCAGCAGCUCCAGCAGUGAUUCAGAUUCCUCUUCUAGUGACUCGGACAGUGAUAGCUCUUCUACGGAUGGAUCGAAUGCUGCCAAUUCAUCUUGAAACAUAGGUUCAGAACUUCAUCCAAUAGACAAUAACUGUCUAAUUGUAUUUGGCAUGAGAAUGCCUCAGUAAGAUUGUACAUGUUUGUCUUGUCCCUUAGGAAUCUCCUCUUAGUAGCUGCUGGGAUGUUAGUUGAAAGGCAGUAUUCUACCAAGGCUUGCUGUUCCCCAGCUGAAGAAAAGGUAACUUGGCUCCGAAGUUCUGUAGGCUGUACAUUAGGGCAGCUCAAGUAUUCUGUUUAGGAAGAUGAUUGUUGUGUCUGCAUUGACAAGCCAUACUAUCCCGUUUAUUCUGCGGCUUGGCAGUGUUUCUGAUAUACCAGGUAAUGUUCUGACUGUUACCGUCUUAGCGUCAGCUGUUGUUCAUGGACUGUGUUGUAAAUCUUUAAGUAAUUCUUGAUUGUGACAAUUGAGUAUUUUGACACACUUGGUGUUGUCAUCAUGGCCGCCAUGGUCCAGUCGGUUGUCCCUGGUGAAUGUAUGCUUGGGAAGUGAUUGCGCUGUGCAA